CACAAGCUAUCUUCUUCUUCUACUUCUUCUUCUCCAUAUCGAAAUAUAAAUCUGUGGUCAGAAAAUUUCAUCAUCAUCAUUAUGGGUUUAAUUCCUCAACCACAAGAAUCAGUUCAAGAAUCUCAUUACCACACCCACAAAAUCUUUAUCUUGUCGAACUACCUCCUCCUUGGUGCAUCCGCAAGUUGCAUCUUACUCACACUCUCUCUCCGUCUAAUCCCUUCGCUCUGGGGUUUCUUCCUCAUCCUCCUCCACGCCACCACAAUCGCAGCCGCCGUCUCCGGCUGUGCAGCCGCAUCCUACGGUAAGAACCGGUGGUACGCAGCACACAUGAUCGCUACUGUCCUCACCGCCAUUUUCCAAGGAUCAGUCUCUGUUCUCAUCUUCACCAACACAUCCAACUUCCUCGAGAGUCUUAACUCCUAUGUCCGUGAAAAAGAAGCGUCUUUGAUCUUGAAACUAGCUGGUGGGCUCUGUGUUUUGAUCUUCUGCCUUGAGUGGAUCGUUCUUGUGCUUGCCUUCUUCUUGAAGUACUAUGCUUAUGUCGAUGGUGGUGGUAACAGAAAUGGAGUUGCUAUGAAGCGAACUGGUGGUAAGAUACAGAGUGAAGAGACUCUCAAGGAUUCGCCAUGGCCGUUCCAAGUUUGAGAAAUAUUGUAAUGAUUUCGUUUAGAUCGAGGGAGAGUUUUGUAUCAAAUGUUAGUUUGAUCUGUUUUUAAUGGUUAUAAUGUCUUUGUUAACAAGAGUAUUAUCAUGCAGCUCAGAUUCUGUACACAUUCUCUAGAAAUCGCAACUUUGAGCAAGCACGACAGAACAAUAAAA